AUGAAGAGCAGUCCAGCCCAGCGUCUGUUGAAUAGGCGGGCGAGAACCUUGUUGCCAACAACAGCGAAGCUGCUGCAACCUCAAUCCAUUGACAGCGGUACCACGGUAGAGAAACUAGCGGAACGGAAAAGACAACAAGCCAAGUAUUACAACAGGGGAGCUGUCGAUUUGAACCCUUUGGAUGAAGAAUAUGAAGUUAGGAUAAAGCCGUUUCGUUUGGGAAGAAUGGGUGGCUCUGGAGGACAAAUGAGCCCUUCUAAAGAAAUGGGCAGUAAUGAAGCAAGGACAGAAAUGACAUGUUUACCUGCUGCAGAAGAUAACGGUGCUGUACGAAGAUCUGGAAGAGCACGGAAACCUCCGAGCUACCUAAAGGACUUUGUAUUGAAAUAG